UCCCAAGAUGGCGUUACACCUGCUUCUCCGGUGGUAAUCCUUGUUGUUGUCUGCGCAACGUAAGAAAACAACAGACAUUAGAGACAGACUGUUAAUAAGCUGGAGACGUAGAUAAACAACUGGAGUAAAUCUCCGUCAUCUAAAAUGUCGACAGAGGAGCUGUCAGCCUCGGACAGCGAGGCUCUCUUCGCCGUCGCAGGGGAGCGAUGGGCACCGGUAGGCGCUGUGGCCAGCCCCGAGGAUGAGAGCGGGAGCGCUGGCCAGCCGAAGCAGAGGGGCUCGUCCGCGGCCACCGAGGGGGAAAUGGCCGUCAGGCUGGAGAAGCUGGAAGAGGAGCAGGACUUGCUGAACUCCUCUCUCCUCGCCCUCACCUCACACUUUGCCCAGGUUCAGUUCCGACUGAAGCAGAUAGUUCACGCCCAGAGCGACGAGAAGGAGAGGAUGCUGGCCGAGCUGGAGGAGUUCGCCUUCAGGGGCUGCCCGCAUGUGGUGGGCUGCAGAUCUCAGGAUGCCAAACAGCUGGAGAACUCGGGGGAUCUGAGUGAGCGGGAGAAGAGGGAGCGCCUGGAGGCUCAGAGGGAAAAACAGAAGGAUCUCAUUUUCCAACUGAAGACACAGCUGGAUGACCUGGAGCGCUUCGCCUAUCAGGAGGGCAGCUACGACUCGCUGCCGCAGUCUGUCGUCAUGGAGAGACAGAAGGUCAUCAUUGACGAGUUGAUCAAAAAGCUGGAUGUGAAUCUGAACGAGGACAUCGGGAACUUGUCGCCCGAGGAGCUGAGACAGAGAGUGGACGCUGCCAUUGCUCAGAUCGUGAACCCAGCCAGGGUCAAAGAGCAGCUGGUGGAUCAGCUCAAAACCCAGAUCAGAGACCUGGAGAUGUUCAUCAACUUCAUCCAGGAUGAGGUGGGGAAUCCUCUUUUAUCAGAUGGUGCUCACAGCCAGCAGCCACAAGCAGCGGGGGCUAAUGCCAGAACUCCAGGAGCGAAGAAGAAAGUAGAUCCAGAGCAGGCAGAGAAGAUGCGAGAAACCGGCCUGCAGCUGAUCCAGAAAGCCCUCGCCGUUCUGCAGAUCUUCGCUGCGAGCCAGUUCGGCUGCGCCCCCGGCCACCUCCCUCAGAACAUUUGGCCUCAGGAUUCGGCGCUGCAGGACUACGGGCCCCUGCUGCAGCGUCUAGAGGUAGCUGUCGACAAGGUGCGGGUGCUGGGCUCGUGCAGGCAACCUUCCCUCGAACACGUCGUCAACUACACCAGCAACUCUGCGCUGGGACCUCGAGACGAGCUGACGUCGUCGGUGAGGAAGGAGCUGGCGAUUGUUCUGAAAGAUUUGUUGGCUCAUGGCCUCUUCUCCCCCUCCCAGACGAUGAGCCUGGUGCUGGCUCCCAUCUCCUGCCUGCUUCCUUACACACCAGCCCCACAGACCGUGCACCCAUGGGAACUCUUUGUUAAAUACUACCAAUCCAAAAACGGGAAGGCGUUUGUGGAGACGCCGGCCCGCCAGCUUUCACAGUCCUUCAGCCUGCCUUUAGGGGGCGGUCCGGUGACCGUCACCCCUAAACAAUCUCUGCUGUGGGCCAUUCACACGGUGCUGAAGGAGCACGGACGCUACAAACGAGGACCAGACACAGAGUUCAAAGCACUGGUGUGCAUGGCUCUGAACGAGCAGCGGCUGGUGUCGUGGCUCAACCUGCUGUGCAAGUCUGGCACUCUGAUACACCCGCACUACCAGCCCUGGAGCUACAUGGCCCAGACCGGCUUCGAAGGCGCCCUGCGAAUCCUGGGCCGCAUCAGCCACCUCAAGUUCGACCUCCCAGUGGACCUGGCUGUGCGGCAGCUGAAAAACAUUAAGGAUGCUUUCUGAGGUGGCAUCACAGCCAUGAAAAGUAACGAAACAUCAGUCUCAGAAAUCCAGUAUUUUAUCAGCUAGACUACGCUGCUCUUACCUGGCAUUCAGGACCAAAAGCAUGUAACCUUUAAAGGUUAUUUAAGUAGUUACUCAUCAGUAAAGUGCAACUAUGUGGUGUCUUCAGUACAUGCAUGAAUGAUUAUGUCGUGUGAGCUUCAGCCAACCAUAAUCUGCAUAUCCCACUAUGUUUAAGAUGCCAAAAUGUCAAGGUGAUAAUGCAAUGUGUACUGUAAACAUGCCUUAGAACGGAGAUUGAGAUUACCUCAUGUUUAGAGAAGCCUUCCUGACCUGUGCUCAUCUUACCGUUAUCAUUCCCCUGUGUACAUGAUAGUGUCCUAACCUAUGCAGCGACGAGAGAGGUUGGAUGUGUACAGUAAUCAGUACUGUAAUGUAAUGAGCAAAAACCCGAUACUGUGGCUUCUACACAGUAACAAGAGCUUGUGAUGUGUCGUUCACAGUGAACUCAACUUUAUACACCGUAGCACCUCUCAUAAAAACAUGCCGCCCAAAGUGCUUCACAUGGCAAAAUUACAACAAGACAAACACAAAAUAAACAAUAGAUACAGUUUUGCAAGUAAAAAAAUUAAUAUAGAUAAACAGGAUUUCAAAAAAUAUAUAUAAAAAACAAUGAAAACUUAAAAACUAAAGUUAUCACAUGACCCCAAAUUGAAAGCCGGAUUAAAAAAAAAUGUUUUAAAUACAGAGAGCUUGCCCUUCUAAUAUCCAGAGGCAGUGAGUUCCACAGUUUAGGGGCAUAACAACAGAAGGCACUCUUGUGGGACACAUGAGGAACAUUUAAAAGAGGAGGACCUUAGUUAUAUGGCUGGAACAUAAAAUGAAAGAAGAUCUCUUAUAUCGGGUGGAGCAAUGUCAUAUAAAGCUUCAUAAGCAAGUAAAAUGAAAAGUACAGUAACUUCUGCUAUGGCAUUUAUUAUUUUGGUGGUUAAUCACUAGUAGCAGAUGGUUGAUCCUAAAGCACUCGGGUCAACUUGAAAUGUAAAAAUGUCUCCAUCAAUCGUGAAGUUAAUGUGUUUCUAACAUUGUCUACAAAUAUGCAGCUAUCGAUGACUCCAUUUUAAACCUCGGAAGCUGUUAUCACUUCUUUUUCACUUUGUGUUGCAGGUGUGUUAGACCCUGUAUGAACUGCUGCUUUUCUCUUAUCCCAGGUGUAGUUACAUUUGAAAUUACAGUGAUAUUGUAUGAUAAGAAUGAUGCAAUGGCUUACGUUCCAUAUGUACAUGAUUGUAGGAUAUAAAAGGUUGAGUCUUGUUUCUUGUUUUGAAGAGAAAUUUGUUUUUAUCUUCCUGACACAGCGGAGUUGCACAAAUCCUAUCCUUAAAUACUGAAUGUACAAACCAUAGAUGCUAUUAAACUGAGGUUUAGUUUGUGUCUGCUGUAUGUUGCCCUGCUGUUUACGGGAUUGAAACUUUCAGUGUUCCUGGGCCGACAUGUAUGUGUCAAAACCUGAGAGUAGACGUGUUAAUAAAAUAUCACUACGUUUGUUUUUCCCAAGAUAAAAACCUGUGCACUUUGUGACUUGAGUGCACCUGGAGACACAUUUUUAGCAUUCAUUUUAUGUUGCUGUCUAAAUGGAAACUUUGCGGCCAGUUUGAGCUAUCUGGAUUAAAUAUAAUGUUAUAUUUAUAUAUAUAUUAUAUUUUCCCCAUUUAUGUUGUAUUUGUUCAGCUGUUAUGUUGUGAUUUCUGUAAACAGACAUUUAUUUAUUGCACAGCAUGUUUUAACUCACCUCUGAAGUAGGCAACAUAUCAGAACACUUUGUUAUAGACACACUGAGUCAUUUAAAUUGUGCUAUUUAUGUUGUUUUAAUUUAAUCGCUCUAAUCACAAAUAGUAUAUUGGGAUAUAUGAAAUGUGUUUAUUUUCUGUUUGUUUUUAUCAUGUUUAAUGCAUACCCACAGCUGUAAAACAAAUUAAACAUAGUUAAUGAACCACUG